CACCCCCCGCCCCCAGUCGGCCCAGCGCGGCCAGCCCGAGUUUGCAGAGAGGUAACUCCCUUUGGCUGCGAACAGGCGAGCUAGCUGCACGUUGCAAAGAGGGCGUUGGGGAGCCGGGCAAACAGUGAGCCGCUUCAGCACUGCAGCUGGGACCCGGCUAGUUAGGCGGUACGCGGGGCGGGCCCCCAGGUUCCCCUCAUUUCCUUUCCACCUCCUACUGCACGCAGCAGCCGGCCCUGUUUGCAGGACCAAAGACCAAACAAUGAAAGGCCAGAGGGCAGUGGGGGCUUCAGUAGACGAUUAAAAACGAAAACAAAAACAACCAACCCAAACAAACCCUCAAACCCAAAAUAAAGCAUAAAGAGAAUAACCCGGUUCCUACUUGCACCUGCUUCAGUGGACACUGAAUUUGGAAGGCAGAGGGUUUUUCUUGUUUUUGUUUUAUUUCCUUUGAGACUUGGGCAUCUCUUGACUCUACCCUCCCAAGAUUUCAGGAGCAGGCUGUGAGCCUAGCAGGGCAGAUCGUGUCCAGUGCUUGUUUUCCUGUACAGGAGACCUCAAGUCUGUCAGAGUGCUCUUGCGUGGUUAUUCCUGCAAGUUUCUUUCCCAGGAGCUUCCCGCAGGUGGGCAAUUAGCUGCAAGGACUACCGCAUCGCAGCCUGUUGAACUCCUAGCUAGAGAAGGGGAAACGGGAUAAAGGAAUUAGGUGGAAGAGUCAGCCAAGCUCAAGGAUGGAGGUUCAGUUAGGGCUAGGGAGGGUCUAUCCUCGGCCUCCAUCCAAGACCUAUCGAGGAGCUUUCCAGAACCUGUUCCAGAGCGUGCGCGAAGUGAUCCAGAACCCGGGCCCACGGCACCCUGAGGCCGCGAGCGCAGCACCUCCCGGCGCCCGUGUGCAGCAGCAGCAGCAGCAGCAGGAGACCAGUUCUCGGCAGCAGCAGCAGCAGCAGCAACAGCAGCAGGGUGACGAUGGCUCUCCCCAAGCCCAGAGAAGAGGCCCCACAGGUUACCUGGCCCUGGACGAGGAACAGCAGCCUUCCCAACAACAGUCAGCCCCCAAGGGCCAUCCGGAGAGCGGCUGCGUUCCAGAGCCUGGAGCUGCUUCAGCCACCGGCAAGGGGCUGCAACAGCAGCAGCCAGCACCACCGGACGAGGAUGACUCAGCUGCCCCAUCCACGUUGUCCCUGCUGGCCCCCACUUUCCCGGGCUUAAGUAGCUGUUCCACCGAUCUUAAAGACAUCCUGAGCGAGGCCGGCACCAUGCAACUCCUUCAGCAGCAGCAGGAGGUAGUAUCCGAAGGUAGCAUUAGCGGGAGAGCGAGGGAGGCCGCUGGUGCUCCCACCUCCUCCAAGGACAGUUACCUAGGGGGCAGUUCAACCAUCUCGGACAGCGCCAAGGAGUUGUGUAAGGCAGUGUCGGUGUCCAUGGGCUUGGGUGUGGAGACAUUAGAGCAUCUGAGUCCCGGGGAACAGCUUCGGGGGGAUUGCAUGUAUGCCCCAAUCCUGGGAGGUCCACCCGCGGUACGUCCCUGCGCCCCGCUGGCUGAAUGCAAAGGUUCUCUGCUGGAUGACGGCGCAAGCAAGGGCACGGAAGAAACUGCUGAGUAUUCUCCUUUCAAGGCAGGUUAUGCCAAAGGGUUGGAUGGCGACAGCCUGGGUUGUUCGGGCACGAGUGAAGCCGGGGGCUCCGGAACACUUGAGUUGCCAUCCACCCUUUCUCUCUACAAGUCGGGAGCACUAGAUGAAGCGGCGGCUUAUCAGAAUCGCGACUACUACAACUUUCCGCUCGCCCUAGCCGGGCCGCCGCCCCCUCCGCCCCCUCCCCAUCCUCACGCCCGCAUCAAGCUGGAAAACCCGCUGGACUACGGUAGCGCCUGGGCGGCUGCUGCGGCACAAUGCCGUUACGGAGAUCUGUCGAGCCUGCAUGGUGGGGGUGCAGCGGGACCCAGUUCAGGAUCACCCUCCGCCACCGCCUCCUCUUCCUGGCACACUCUCUUCACAGCCGAAGAAGGCCAGCUGUAUGGGCCCUGCGGCGGGAGCGGAGGCAGCAGCGCUGGCGAGGCAGGGUCUGUAGCCCCCUAUGGCUACACUCGGCCACCUCAGGGGUUGGUAGGCCAGGAAGGUGACUUCCCGCCACCUGAUGUGUGGUAUCCCGGCGGUGUGGUGAACAGAGUUCCCUAUCCAAGUCCCAGCUGUGUCAAAAGCGAGAUGGGCCCCUGGAUGGAGAGUUACUCUGGACCCUAUGGGGACAUGCGUUUGGAGACUGCCAGAGAUCAUGUUCUACCCAUUGACUAUUACUUUCCACCCCAGAAGACCUGCCUGAUUUGCGGUGAUGAAGCUUCUGGCUGUCACUAUGGAGCUCUCACUUGUGGAAGCUGCAAAGUCUUCUUUAAAAGGGCUGCUGAAGGUAAACAGAAGUACCUGUGUGCCAGCAGAAACGAUUGCACCAUUGAUAAAUUCCGAAGGAAAAAUUGCCCAUCUUGUCGCCUCCGGAAAUGCUAUGAAGCAGGGAUGACUCUGGGAGCCCGGAAGCUGAAGAAACUUGGUAAUCUGAAACUACAAGAGGAAGGGGAGGCUUCCAGUGCCACCAGCCCCACUGAGGAGCCAACCCAGAAGUUGACAGUGUCACAUAUUGAAGGCUAUGAGUGUCAGCCCAUCUUUCUGAAUGUCCUUGAAGCCAUUGAGCCGGGCGUGGUGUGUGCUGGACAUGACAACAACCAGCCUGACUCCUUCGCAGCCUUGCUUUCUAGCCUUAAUGAAUUGGGUGAAAGACAGCUUGUACAUGUGGUCAAGUGGGCCAAGGCCUUGCCUGGCUUCCGCAACUUGCAUGUGGAUGACCAGAUGGCAGUCAUUCAGUACUCCUGGAUGGGGCUUAUGGUGUUUGCCAUGGGCUGGCGGUCCUUCACCAAUGUCAACUCCAGGAUGCUCUACUUCGCCCCUGACCUGGUCUUCAAUGAAUACCGUAUGCACAAGUCCCGGAUGUACAGCCAGUGUGUCCGAAUGAGGCACCUCUCUCAAGAAUUUGGAUGGCUCCAGAUCACCCCCCAGGAAUUUUUGUGCAUGAAGGCACUGCUGCUGUUCAGCAUUAUUCCAGUGGAUGGGCUGAAAAAUCAAAAAUUCUUUGAUGAACUUCGAAUGAACUACAUCAAGGAACUUGAUCGUAUCAUUGCUUGCAAGAGAAAAAAUCCCACAUCCUGCUCAAGGCGCUUCUACCAGCUCACCAAGCUCCUGGAUUCUGUGCAACCUAUUGCACGAGAGCUGCAUCAGUUCACUUUUGACCUGCUAAUCAAGUCCCACAUGGUGAGCGUGGACUUUCCAGAAAUGAUGGCAGAAAUCAUCUCUGUGCAAGUGCCCAAGAUUCUUUCUGGGAAAGUCAAGCCCAUCUAUUUCCACACACAGUGAAGCUUUGGAAGCCCCCAUUUUCUCACCCCACCCCACUCCCCUUUUCAGAUACCUUCUGCCUGUUAUAACUCUGCACUACUCUGCAGUGCCUUGGGGAAUUUCCUCUUUUGAUGUACCGUCUGUCAUGAAGAUGUUCCUGAGUUCUAUUUGCUGCACUUUUCCCCCUCUUUUCCUCCUUUCUCUUUUUUUCCCUUCCUAUCUGACCCUCCCAUGGCACUUUCAGACUCUGCUCCCCGCCAUGGCUCUUAUCUGUGUUUUGAAUGGUGUUGUAUUUCUUUAAAUCUGUGAUGAUCCUCAUGUGGCCCAGUGUCAAGUUGUGCUUGUUUAUAGCACUGCACUGUGUGCCAGCCAUACAAACGUUUACUCACCUAAUGCCACGGGAAGUUUAGAGAGCUGAGUAUCUGGGAAAACAAAACAAACAACCCCCCUAAAACCAAAAGUCCUGUAGGGUUUUUUCCUCAUAAAAAAUAUAAAACAAACAGAAUCUCCCCCCACCCCCCAAAAGGCCAACAGUGACUAGAAUAAGGUGAAAAUUGCAAGCCCAUGGAGAAUCACUGCUUUUUUUUUUUUCCAAGUUCAGCCUCCCUGGGAGACUUUAUUUUCUGCCAAUGGCUAUUGCCAUUAGAGGGCAGGAUGACCCCAGAGAUGAGUUAGGAGGGAGGAGACAGAUUUAAGAGAGGACAAAGAGGACAGAUGGAUCACCAGUACCUGCCCACAGCCUUGGCCUCUGAUGGCUAGGCUCUUAACUGCAGUGCAAAUCAUUGUACUGAAAAUAUGCUUCUUGUUUGAAAAUGUGUCUGCAUGUGAACGCCUCCCCUCCAGCCAGUCCUUUUUCUCACCCUCUGCCUCCACCCUCAAACUGACUUUCAAUAAGCUUUUCUAAGAGCUUUGAACUGAAUGUUCUCUUCAGCCAAAACUUGGCCACUUCCACUGAAGAAUCAGACUAAUAAGAAGGAAAGGAGAGAUCUGACCCUUUGGAAGGCCCUAUCCAGAGCCAGGUCUGCUUUCCCAUUUGUUCAGGGAAGAGGCUGGGGCCGGAGUAAGAGGAAAAAGAAUCAAUGGGUUGGUUGGUUGGUUGGUUGUUUUCCUGCUUAGGGCGUUGAAGAGUUGAUCACUCUUUGCCCUUAUCUUUAAAAGACCUGAAUGUUUUUUGCCUGACUCCAUGCAGCUGCAAGCUCCCUCUUACCCUCCCUUCAGUGUUUUGUGGGCCUGGACUUCACCAGACUAUAUGACAGCCAUGGUGGUGAUAUUUGUCCAUUUAUUUGGGCAUGUUCACAGACUCUCUGCUAAGAGCUGUUACCACCAAGAAGGCUAGCAAGCCAGCAGUUUUGACAUCUAUCUCUAGAUGCCACUAGGCUCAAAGACUUCUUACCAAAUGUCUUUCACCAACUAUCAGAUCUCUGAAGCCCUUGGACAAACUGGAAAGAAGGCAUCGAUGGGACUGGACAAGCUGGGCAUCUUGCCCUUGUCCUCUAGAGAUGACACCUUCCCACCAAGUGGAAAAAUACCUACUUCUUCCUUCAGAGCAGCUAAAGGGGGCUAUGCAGGUCAGGGUUAAAGAGAAAACUCAAUUACCAGGGUGAGAAGAAUGAAGGCACUAGAACCAGAAACCCUGUAAAUGCUGUCCUUGCCACCCAGCAUUUCCACCUGCAGAAGUCAUGGGAAGAAUAGAGAAGAAACUAAGAGGAGACUGACUACUAAAUUAAAGUCUUCAAAGGCAAAAUCUAAAGCCAGAUGGGCACCAUCUGGUUGGUUUACUCAUCAUCCUCCUCUGCUGCUGAUCCUGGGUUCUGACAUCGGCCAUACUCACUCAGAGCUCCCACCUUUUUUGCUGCCUCUCGGCCAGAGGAAAGCUGAAACAUUUAUACUACAGAACCAUGACCUCCUUUGGAAAGGUCUGGUUUGCGUGGCUCCAUUGGGCUGCCAUCCAUGAACUCAGGGUGUGCUCCUGGGACACUGGUUUCAUAUGGUCCUUUGGCACACCUCUCUUUUGCUGACUUUGUCCCCCAGUCCUGAGUUCAGGGGGAAUGUCCGCCUACUUUCUCAUCUUGGCAACUGCCUCCUUAUUUAGCUCUUAUAUUCAUCUGCUAAAUUCAAGAAAUUAGGGGCCAGUUACCAAGCUGCCCAUUUCAGUUGAUUCACUCUACUUGAGAGGACAGUUUUUGAGUGACAUGCUAUUAUCUACAUGGGUUUCCUUCCCUGAUUUCUGUGUUGAUAUUAAUAGCCAAAUGAACUUGCAAAACAGCUUCUUUAAAUAACAAGGGACAGGGAACCUAAGAUGGGUGAUAUACCAAUCCAAGACUGCUGGACAAAACUAAAAUUGACAGGUUCUCUUUCUGGGAUAGGAUAGACAAAUUCUGGUUUUCUUCAUUAGGACAUAAUUUGGCUUAUAUAAGCUCACAAGAUUACUUCUGGCUAU